AAAUUUACUUAACUGACAAAUCCACUGACAGAUAGCCCGCUAAGUUAGCGGCGUUGUUUUUUGUUGUUGUUACAUAUCGGUUGCUAGCUCUUACAACUGAGCCAGCAAGAGGAAUAUAGUUACCUGUUUUUAUUCAAACGCUAGCCAGGAGCGGCGUGAUUUGGCUGUUGUUACUUUUUUUAAGCCGCUCACAGCUGCUCUGGGGGGGGGCGGAGUGUCUGCAAAGUGCUGCGCCGAUUGGGGCGCUCGAUCGGGGGAAGAGAGAUGGCGUGCUUGUUGGAGGCCCCUCUCCGCAUCAGUGUGCUGUCUGAAGUCACUGCCACUAGUCGCCAUUAUGUUGACCGACUGUUUGACCCCGACCCACAAAAAGUGCUGCAGGGAGUCAUUGACAUGAAGAACGCCGUCAUAGGAAACAACAAGCAGAAGGCCAAUCUGAUCGUCCUGGGAGCCGUGCCGAGGUUACUUUACCUGCUGCAGCAGAGCUCGUCCAGCCCGGAGCUGCGGACCGAGUGUGCCGUGGUGCUGGGCAGCUUAGCCAUGGGCACGGAGAACAACAUAAAGUCCCUGGUGGACUGUCACAUCAUCCCUGCCCUUCUUCAAGGUCUUUUGUGUCCGGACCUGAUCUUCAUUGAAGCUUGUCUUCGAUGUCUCAGAACGGUCUUCAUCAGUCCGGUCACUCCUGUGCAGCUGCUCUACACUGACCCCACUGUGAUUCCCCAUCUAAUGUCUCUGCUGAGCCGCUCACAGAGAACCCAGGAGUACAUCACACAGAUCUUCUCCCACUGUUGUAAGACCCCAGAGCACCAGACGGUUCUUUUCAGCCACGGCGCCAUCCAGAACAUUGCCCCUCUUCUAAUCUACCAUUCUUAUAAGGUGCGGAUGCAGGCGUUAAAGUGUUUCUCAGUCCUUGCCUACGAGAACACUCAGGUCUCCAUGACGCUGGUGAACGUGCUGGUGGAAGGUGAGCUGCUCUCUCAGGUAUUUGUCCGAAUGAUGCAAAGGGAUCAGCCCAUCGAAAUGCAGCUAACGGCAGCCAAAUGUCUAACGUAUAUGUGCCGGGCGGGGGCCAUCAGGACAGACGACAGCUGCGUAGUCCUGAAGGCGCUGCCGUGCCUGGUGCGGAUGUGCAGUAAAGAGCAUUUGCUGGAGGAGCGGGUGGAGGGUGCGGAGACGCUGGCCUACCUGAUGGAGCCCGACGUGGAGCUGCAGAGGAUCGCCAGCACCACGGACCACCUGGUGGCCAUGCUGGCCGACUACUUCAAGUACCCCAGCUCUGUGUCCGCCAUCAAUGACAUCAAGAGGCUGGAUCACGACCUGAAGCACGCACACGAGCUGAGACAAGCUGCCUUCAAACUGUACGCCUCGCUGGGCUCCAACGACGAGGACAUCCGCAAAAAGAUCACAGAGACGGAGAACAUGAUGGACCGAAUAGUCAGUGGCCUAUCAGAAUCCAGCAUUAAAGUCCGCUUGGCGGCCGUCAGGUGUCUUCACAGUCUGUCGCGGUCGGUGCAGCAGCUGAGGACGAGUUUCCACGACCACGCGGUGUGGAAACCCCUCAUGAAGCUGCUGCAGAACGCCCCGGACGAGGUCCUGGUCAUGGCCUCCUCGACACUAUGCAAUCUACUCCUGGAGUUCUCCCCCAGCAAAGAGCCCAUCCUGGAGUCGGGGGUGAUUGAAUUACUAUGCGGUCUGACCCAGAGCGACAGUCCUGCACUGAGGGUCAAUGGGAUCUGGGCCCUGAUGAACAUGGCGUUCCAAGCCGACCAGAAGGUGAAGGUGGAGAUCGUUCGGAGUUUGGGUACAGAACAGUUGUUCCGCCUGCUGUCAGACCCCGACUCCAACGUGCUGAUGAAGACCCUCGGUUUGCUGCGCAACCUGCUGUCAACGCGCACCCACAUAGACCAGAUCAUGAGUUCUCAUGGGAAGCAGAUCAUGCAGGCCGUGACCCUCAUCCUGGAAGCGGAGCACAGUAUAGAGGUCAAAGAGCAGACGCUGUGCAUCCUGGCCAACAUCGCCGACGGCAACGCAGCCAAGGAACUCAUCAUGACCAACGAUGACAUGCUCCAGAAAAUCAAACACUACAUGGGACAUUCCAAUGUGAAACUGCAGCUCGCUGCCACCUUCUGCAUCUCCAAUCUAAUCUGGAACGAGGAGGACGUUCAAGCAGUGGUCAACAGCGAUUGUGCCCACAAAGGUCAGCACAGCCCAGGUUCUCAGGAACGUCAGGACAAGCUGAGGGAGAUGGGCUUUGUGGACGUCCUGCACAAACUCACCCAGGCCUCCGACCCCAACCUCUGCGACAGGGCGAAGACGGCGAUGCAGCAGUACCUAGCGUGACCACGGAGGGGGCGGAGUCCUAACGGCCGCGGGGAGGGCGGCGACCUUUUCUCCUGCUGGGUUUGACCUCGAGGCUCGUUUCGUUGGACAAAAGACACCCGCGUGGACCCUCACGCCCCUUUAACACCACCAACAGUUCAGCUACACCCAAACCUCACGGUGGAGAUGCUGAGACUGUGGGUGUUGGAAAAUCAACAGUUAGGAGGGAUUCUUGUUCCCUGUUUUUUGGGGAGCGGGAAGGGAGGGUUUCAUCAUUGAAGUGAUAUCGAUUUAAUUUUUUCCUUUUGGGACUUUUUUUUUUUUUUUUCCUUGUUGGAGUGCGGCAGCCGGAAACCGGCACCACGUUGGUGCGUGUGGACUCCCGGUAGCGGAGACGCGGGACACAAGAGCUGGGCGUUCGGACGGCAAAGCUUCCCAGCUUUACUUUAAAUUAAUAAGAAUAGUUAUUUUUUCAGGCGUCACAAACAAGGACACAUUUUGGGGGGGAAAGAAACCGCCUAUUUUGAAAUAUUGGUUGUUUUCUCUUUUUGUUUUUUUUGUGGAUACAUACCUCGUAAAUUUAUAAAUAUAAAUAUAUAUUUUUGGAUUUUUAUUUUAGACCCUCUGUUCCUUUUUGUUCAUUCUCUCUGAACGAUGGUUCCUCGCACCAGAGUUCACCGAAGUCUGAUUCAAGUACGUGACACGGUCUCGGGGGUGAAGAAGUGUUUCCAUUGGUUCCAACAAAAAAAAAAAGUGCGUCCGUCGCCUGUCACUUCUGUCCUCCAUCCUUUAUGAUCCCAAUGGGAAGUGUAGUUCCAGAGUGCUAACUCUGACCUGCUUAGUUACUAAUUAACGGGGACACGGGUCCGCCAAGCGGAGACGAGCGGGCGCACGUGGAACGGGACUGCCGUGUUCCGUUUGUCGUUUCUGCAGCCCCGGCCCCUUCUGUGUGUGUGUGUGCGUGUGUGUGUGCGUCCGUCAAGCGGGAUUUAACAAAAGAAGAAGAAGAAAAGAAGCUGCCUUCUGUCCUCCGGUGUGUUCUGAACAGUUUGAGACGGAGAGCGGAGCACCGAGCGCGUCCACGAGUGCUUCCCCGCCGUCAGGAUGCACCUUGUUCCCUCACAUUUCAAACCCCACUGAAACUCUUGAACGAACGAAUGUUACCAUUGAAAAUAUAUGCAGAGCCGAAGGAGGA